AUGGACAAUUUUCCACCGGAAGUGCAGCAUAUUUUGGCACCCGCCUUCGGCAUUCUUUCGGCCACGCAACUUGCUCAAAUGGCCGAUCGGCUUAUGGAGAUGCACGGUUUUUCCAAGCCGUCUAUUUCAGCACUCUCAACUCCCUCAAAUCCUCCUGCGUCUCUCGUUUCGCAGUUAGAGAUCGAGCUCAACAAGCUGGCCGAUGAUAUAGCCGCUCUCCAGAAGCCCACAGUUUCUGCCUCAUCUCGGAGCCAACCGCAGCCGUCCACCCCGCAUGUCCAGUCUUCUCAUUCAGCCAGUCCAAACGCAGCUGCCACCUGCUGGUACCACACUACUUUCGGCGCUAAAGAUCGUCGCUGCGUCUCUCCUUGCUCCUUCACUUUCAAGCAGAACACACGGGUAAAACCGGUCAGCCGGAAGGUCAGUGCAACCAAUCUUUCCGACAGCUCUAACCCUGGUCACACAUUUUACGUCCGCGACACCAGGAGUGGCAGACGUUUCUUUGUUGACACUGGUGCCCAGCUAAGUGUCAUUCCACCCACACCAGCUGAUCGUCGGUGCCCCAAUCCCGGUCUUUUCCUACAGGCCGUCAACACAUCGCCGAUUACCACAUUUGGCACCUGCUCCCUCUCUCUGGACAUCGGUCUCCGGCGUCUCUUCCCUUGUCGUUGCUGACAUCCCCUGUGCAAUUCUCGGUGCAGAUUUCCUCGCCGCUUUCGAUCUUCUGGUCGACUGCCGUCAGUCACGUCUACACGACAAGACCACCAACCUCACUGUCCGGGGUAUCUCCUCCUCUGACGCUUCCCGUCAUCUUGCCGUCUUGGACCAUGAACCCGAGAAUCCAUUUCGGCAACUCCUCGCCAAAUACCCCGGCCUCACUCGCCCCAACUUCAACGUUUCUAUUCCACCACAUGACGUUGUUCACCACAUUCGGACCACUGGCCCUCCCGUGUUUUCUCGCCCCCGCCGUCUCGCGCCUACACGUCUUGCUGCCGCCAAGGCCGAAUUCGAGCAUAUGCUUCAAAUGGGCAUCAUCCGUCAGUCUGAAAGCCCAUGGGCCUCACCCCUCCACAUGGUUCCAAAGGCCGCCACUGGUGACUGGCGCCCCUGCGGUGAUUACAGGGCCCUGAACAACGUUACUGUCCCGGACCGCUACCCUGUCCCACAUCUUCAGGAUUUUGCCGGUGCCCUAUUCGGCAAGUCUGUAUUCUCGAAGAUCGAUCUGGUCCGUGCUUUCCACCAAAUUCCCAUAGCCCCGGAGGACGUUUCGAAGACGGCCGUUACCACCCCCUUUGGCCUCUUUGAGUUCCUGCGCAUGCCGUUUGGACUUCGCAACGCCUCCCUGACCUUCCAAAGGUUUGUAGACAGAGUGCUUCGCGGCCUACCAUUUGUCUACGCCUAUAUCGACGACCUUCUGGUAGCCAGCUCCACCGCCGAAGAACACAUGGAGCAUCUGGCAACGGUGUUUGACCGCCUUCAACAAUUUGGCGUUGUUCUUAACCCGUCAAAGUGCGUCUUCGGUGUGCCCUCCCUAGAAUUUCUCAGUCAUCUGGUCGACUCCCACGGCAUUCGGCCUCUUCCCUCAAAGGUUGCCGCCAUUCGGGACUUUCCACCCCCUACCUCGAAGCGUCAGUUGCAACGGUUUCUUGGUAUGGUGAACUUUUAUCGCCGGUUUCUCCCAAACUGUGCCGACACCAUCCUACCUCUGACCAAUCUCCUCUCAGGUUCUAAGCGCACCUUUGAACUUACACCAGCAGCACUCACGUCAUUUGAGCAGGUAAAAGCCCUUCUGGCUGACGCCACCCUCCUGACUCACUUUCACGCUGAUGCACCCAUAUCUGAUGGUCGAUGCCUCCAAUGUUGCUGUUGGCGCGGUCCUUCAACAAAGUCUGCCGGAUUCUACCGUGCCUUUGGCUUUCUUCUCCAAGAAACUAUCCAAAGCCGAAACCCGCUACAGCACAUUCGGACGUGA